AUGAAGACAAUCAUAUCCGUUUACAAGCCGACCAGAUUCCUUGUCGAUCUGAGUAAAUGUACUUCCAUGGGACGAUUGGUUGAGACAAUCAAUGCCUUGGACUCGACGAUCCUCGGUGUUGACGAUGGCUUGGUAUAUCUGGCGGGAACCAUGAAGCACAGCUCGUUCGAUUCCAGCGUCCCAGCUGCCACGUUGACAGCAAAACACCUUAGUGGUAUGCGUUACAAUGCGCGGGCCCCUAUGCCGAGAAUCCACGACUGCCAACUCGACAUUGUCGCAGUUCCGAAGCCUGAAUUCUCCAUCAACAUCUGCAAGUACGGUAGUAGUGAUUGUGCAAGCCAUGGUCAUGAAACCGUCACCGUGAAGCAAGAGGACCAAAUCCUCCAGCUGAAAAAGCAUCUUCGCAACACGCUCGGACUUCUGGAGGAAGACCAGAUCAUCAAAUACCGAUGUCUCAAUAUGACCGACUCUGCCUAUCUCUUGGAAAAGGAGAUUUCCGAGAAUUCAACGGUAGUGGUAGCAAUCAAGGUCGAGGUCAUCUUUCACUACAAACAAUGGUCGACAACUAUCGCUGCUGCGUCGGACGAAUCAUUGUUCGCCAUCUUGGAACAGUUCGCAGACAUGGCAGGUGUCGAUAUUGAUAUGUUCAGCCUACGGUUUAUCUUUCUCAAGACUACAGGUGAGGUCGCAGACUAUGCGCAGGCCUGGCUUCCCGAUCGAACGCAGCUCUUCAAAGCGAAGCAGGUGUUCGGCACAAUGAAAGAGAACGGUCUCAUGAAUGGAGAUGAAAUUCAGGUGUUUCAGAUCAACGACAAAGGCAAACGCAAACGUGAUGACGAGGAUGAGGAUGAGAAUUAA